UCUCCUGUCCAAAGAUGAGCUAGUAACUCCCGUCAAAAAAAAAAAAAAAGAUGAGCAAGUAACCAAACAAACAAAAUCUGCGCAGCACAGCAGCGGAGGCAGCAAGAUGGUGGCCGCCGUAUCUCCGUCGCCGUCUCCGGCUCCGGCUCCGGCUCCGCACGCCGCCGCCGGCCGCCCCCACCCCACCUACACAAAGAUGAUUACGCACGCGAUGACGGAGCUGGGCAGCGGCGCCGAGGCCACCCGCGCCGCCAUCGCGGAAUACAUCCUCCACUCCUACUCCGGGCUCCCCGUCAGCCACGACGCGCUGCUCUCGGCGCACCUCCGCCGCCUCGUCUCAGAGGGCGUACUCCGCACCGACGCUACCUCCUACUCCUACGCCUUGGCUGCACCAUUACAAGCUAGAGCUGAUCAAGAUAGGAAUUUUCAGAACAAGAGAGGGCGCGGGAGGCCGAGGAAAGAGAAGCCACGACCAGCGGAAGCAGCAGCGAUGUCUCCUGAAUCAGGCAAUGCUGGGUCGAGGGGUGUCAAGAGGCGGCGUGGGAGGCCGAGAAAAGAGAAGCCAGCAGCAAUGUUGUCUCCUAUUGCUGGAUCAGCGUCGAGGGGGUUCAAGAGGGGCUGUGGGAGGCCAAGCAUGGUGACAGCCAAGCCUGCAGCAGCAGCAAUGUCUAGAAAGGAGAUGCCACCAGCAGCAGUGGCAGGAGUGAAGAGAAGCCGUGGGAGGCCGAGGAAAGAUCAGUGCAUUACUGGGCUUGUGGAAGCUUCUGUCGAGGAGUUGUUUGGAGACAUCAUGGCAGAAGCAAGCACUGCACAGGAGGAGGAGGAGGAUUUGGUAGCAGGGGAUAAAAUGCAGACUGAAGAAGCUGUAGCUCCGGGGGAUAGGAACCAAUCUAGGGCUGCAGCUAUGCCUACUGAAGACAGAGAUGCUGAAUCCAUGGAAACCGAGGCAUGGGGUGAGCACUCAAGAUUGGAGAAGCCAUCAGCAGCAAGAUCUCCAGAAACCGGAGAUGCCGCGUCAACGGGAAUCAAGAGAUCCCGAGGCAGGCCAACAAAGAAUAAGCCACCACCAGCAGCAGCUAUGCCUGCUGAAAAGGGAGAUGCUGCGUCCGCGGGAACCGAGGCAGGGCGUGAGCAGUCAACAAUGGAGAAGACAUCAGUAGCAAUAUCUCGAGAAACCGGAGAUGGCGCAUCGACGGGAAUCAAGAGACCCCGUGGUAGGCCAAGAAAGAAUAUGCCAGCUGCAGAUAUGCCUGCUGCAAAUGGAGAUGCAGCCUCUGAGUCGGGCGGUGGGACUCCAAAAAUGGAUAGUAAUGAAACUAUGGCUGCAGCUAUGCCUGCUGAAAAGGGAGAUGUUGCGUCCGCGGGAACUGAGGCAGGGCGUGAGCAGUCAAGAAUGGAGAAGCCAUCAGCAGCAAUAUCUCGAGAAACUGGAGAUGGCGCAUCGACGGGAAUCAAGAGACCCCGUGGCAGGCCAAGAAAGAAUAAGCCAGCUGCAGAUAUGCCUGCUGCAAACAAAGAUGCAGCCUCUGAGCCGGGCGGUGGGACUCCAAAAAUUGAUAGGAAUGAAACUACGGCUGCAGCUAUGCCUGCUGAAAAGGGAGACGCUGCGUCCGUGGGAACCGAUGCAGGGCGUGAGCAGUCAAGAAUGGAGAAGCCAUCAGCAGCAAUAUCUCGAGAAACCGGAGAUGGCGCAUCGACGGGAAUCAAGAGACCCCGUGGCAGGCCAAGAAAGAAUAAGCCAGCUGCAGAUAUGCCUGCUGCAAACGGAGCUGCAGGAAUUGAGCCGGGCGGUGAGACUCCAGAAAUGGAUAGGAAUGAAACUACGGCUGCAGCUAUGGCCGCAGAAAUCGGAGAUGCUGCGUCCGCAGGGAUUGAGGCGUGGUGUGGGACUCCAAGAAUAGAGUCAUCCGCAGCAAGGUCUCCUGAAACCGUAGACGACGCUGCGUCAACGUGGGUCAAGAGACCCCGUGGUGGGCCAAGAAAGUAUCCAGCGGCACCAAUGUCUGCUGAAACUGGAGGUGCCACCUCAACAGAGGUUAAGAGAGGGCGUGCUAGUCCAAGAAAGAAGACGCGAGCCCCACCAGCACAAGGGAAGAGAAGCCGCGCGAGGCCAAGGAAAGACUAGCUAGUUGUUUUGGUCUCAGUUUGUUGGUGAGGUGUUGUUCUUUAGAAGAGAAAAGGCGCAGCUUUUGGAAUAAGCUGAGAAGACGCAGACUCAAGGCAUGCCUCGAGGGGAGGAUAGAAAGGAAACUUAAACCGCAGCAGGCGUUGGACGUGCGCCAGCUUUGUCCCGCGGUCUAUGAAUCUAUGUAGCUCGAUCAGUGGUGGCAGCAGCACACGAGCAUGAGGACUUGGAAGGCGUGGUUUUGGUGGCGGACUGGCGGGAAUGCUUUGGAAGUUCUUAGAGAUUGUUGUUUUGUUGGAGAUGAUAAAAACUUCUUAUUUUCGAACAAUAUAUGGUUACUGUAAUAGUGUCAAGUAGUUGUUGAAAAUUACGUCUGCAGGUUUUGUCUAGAUUGGAGUACUUUGUUGCUUAAUCAUGAUGGUGACCAAUCAGAUUUUAAUUUUUAUUA